CUGUCUUCCCCCCAUUUCCUCCCUCCUUCCUCCUUUGCGGCUACUAAUUUGGGCUCUUCUUUCCCUUUACGCUGCUCGUAUCUUGUGGGUUCACACUCACUUCCACACUCUUCCCUUUUAUAAUCUCUCCCCCUAGACCACCCUGUUGCACAGAUUUAAGUACCACCCAAAGACAGAGACAGAGAGACGGAGGGAGAAGGAGAGAACAGAGGAGUGUUUUUUCGUAGUUUGGCUUUGUGUGAAGAAGGAUGAGGCAGGGAGCGGGCGCCCUGUUCUUGGGCGUGUGCGCCACUGUCCUCGCCAUUGCAGGAGCUGAUGACCCUUACAGGUUCUUCACUUGGAAUGUGACUUAUGGAGACAUUUACCCACUUGGUGUUCGCCAACAGGGCAUACUCAUCAAUGGACAAUUCCCGGGUCCUGACAUCUUCUCCGUCACCAACGACAACCUCAUCAUCAACGUCAUCAACAGCCUGACCGAGCCUUUCCUCCUCUCAUGGAAUGGAAUCCAACAGAGGAGGAACUCCUAUGAGGAUGGAGUCUAUGGAACCACAUGCCCAAUCCCUCCAGGCCAGAACUUCACCUACAUCCUUCAAGUCAAGGACCAGAUUGGAAGCUUCUAUUACUUCCCCUCCCUCGCAUUCCACAAGGCUGCUGGCGGGUUCGGCGGCAUCAGGAUCCUCAGCCGGCCGCUGAUACCAGUCCCGUUCCCGCCCCCUGCUGGCGAUUACACCGUCCUCAUUGGAGAUUGGUACAAGGCCAAUCACACGGCUUUGAAGGCCACUCUUGACAAUGGCAACAUGCUGCCAUUCCCUGAUGGUAUACUCAUCAAUGGCCGCGGAAGCGGAGCUUCUUUCACUGUGGAAAAAGGAAAGACCUACAGGCUUAGGAUUUCUAACGUGGGGUUGAUGAAUUCCCUCAACUUCCGCAUCCAAGGCCACAAACUGGUGCUCGUCGAGGUAGAGGGAACGCAUACGGUUCAAAACACUUACUCGUCGGUCGAUGUGCAUGUGGGCCAAUCGCUAUCAGUUCUCGUAACAGCUGACCAGCCUGCUCAAGACUAUUAUGUCGUGGUCUCUUCUCGCUUCACGUCUCCAGUUUUGACCACUACAGGUGUCUUCCAUUACAGCAACUCCGCUGGCUCCGUCUCAGGCCCUAUUCCCGGUGGUCCGACGACCGAGGUUGACUGGUCCUUGAACCAGGCACGAUCUAUCCGGACGAAUCUUACGGCAAGUGGACCAAGGCCAAAUCCGCAAGGUUCAUACCACUACGGCAUGGUCAACACAACAAGAACAAUAAGAAUUGCCAAUUCUGCUGGUCCUGUCAAUGGGAAACAGAGAUAUGCAGUCAACAGCGUGUCCUUCGUCCCAGCGGAUACUCCUCUAAAGCUCGCCGACUACUUUAAGAUCGAUGGAGUUUAUCGUGUCGGGAGCAUCUCUGACAACCCUACAGGCGGCGGGAUAUACCUCGACACGUCGGUCAUGAGAGCUGACUACAGAGCCUAUAUCGAGAUCGUCUUCGAAAACAAUGAGGACAUCUUACAAAGCUGGCACCUCGAUGGCUACUCUUUCUUUGUAGUCGGUAUGGACGGAGGGCAAUGGACGCCGGCCAGCAGGAAUCAGUACAAUCUUCGAGAUGGAGUCGCUCGUUGCAACAUUCAGGUGUACCCCAAGUCCUGGUCGGCGAUUUACAUUCCACUCGACAACGUCGGAAUGUGGAACCUACGGUCAGAGUUCUGGGCGAGACAGUACCUCGGGCAGCAAUUCUAUCUGCAAGUCUACACCACGUCGACUUCACUGAGAGACGAAUACCCGAUUCCUAAGAACGCGCUUCUGUGCGGUAGGGCGAGCGGGCGGCACACGCGACCCCUUUGAGCGGCGUAACGACAUCAUCGGCGACACUUCAGUAGGAAGAAACUUUUACGAAUAGCAGAGUUUCAUUUGUUUUCCAUCAUUCUUGGGCGUCAUUCGUUAGGGACGAUAGACCAUUCUAAGCUCCGGAACGACCUCAGCUCGAGGUCUCAUUCUUUUACGCGACAGAAUCAUUUAUUUGUUCGAACUUUUUUCGUACCGAUACAUCAAAUCAUUAUUACCGAGUCAAUAUGCUCAAGUCAGGUUUAAGGCUUUUCUCAGAA